AUAUAAAAUAGCACUCGAUCAUCAACCAAAGUCAUCAUUUUUACAAAGUGAUUUUAUUAAGAUUUUAGCAGCGCUUUUAUUCUUUACGGGCAAUACUUUUGUACUUUCGUCAAUGUAUACACUUGGUAUAACUGGAACAUUCCUUGGUGAUUACUUUGGUAUUCUGAUGAAUAGUCGAGUCACUUCUUUUCCGUUUAACAUACUUGAAAAUCCAAUGUAUUAUGGAUCAUCUAUGGUGUUUUUAGCCACUGCUUUAUGGUAUGCGUGUCCUGCCGGAAUCCUUUUAACUAUAUGGGCAUUUACAGUUUACUUAAUAGCACUUCGAUACGAAGGCACUCUUCAUUCCCCACGAAGCGGGGAAUGA